AUGGGUGCCAGAGAGAGCAAAGUGAAGGUUGUAGGAGCUACUGAUUCAGACAAGGUGACUGUCCUCAAUGGAUGGCCUUGGAUUCAAGCAACAAACAAUGAGAAAGGACAACCUGGAAGAGCAGUGAAUUUUGGGUCGGUGCAAAAUGGAAGCCGAGCUGGGUCACUAGGGCAAACAGGUCAACGCUGUACCAUCGUAACGCAUAAUGAAACAGUUGUGAGGAACUGUAAGGAACUGCAGGAUCAGGGAUCUGUUCUAGGUGGCUGGUAUAUUGUCUACCCAGAUGGCAUUGAUCCCAUGUUGGUGCUGUGUGAUUUUCACACCGACGGAGGAGGAUGGAUAGUUAUCCAGAGACGGUGGGAUGGAUCUGUUGAUUUCAAUCGGGACUGGGACUCAUACAGAAAGGGAUUUGGCAACCAGCUGAAUGAAUUCUGGCUAGGAAAUGAUAACAUUCAUAUUUUAACAUCUAAUGGUACAUGGGAACUGCAUGUUGACUUGUUUGACUAUCAAAACACAAAUCACUUUGCUAAAUACGCGUCCUUCAGAAUUCUAGGAGAGGAUGAGAAGUACCGAUUACUGCUGGGGGCCUAUAACGAUGGUAAUGCAGGGGAUUCCAUGUCAUAUAACAACAACACACAGUUCAGCACAUUGGACCAGGACAACGAUAAAAGUACAACCAAUUGCGCCAAGGAUCGCCAUGGAGCCUGGUGGUAUGGGGCGUGCAGCUUAUCAAACCUGAAUUCAUUGUAUCUGCAGGGGAAGCACAACAACCCCUCAACUGGCAUCAAUUGGAACUCUGGGAAAGGACAUAGUUAUUCCUACAAACGUGCUUUAAUGCUAAUUAGACCCGUGUAG